GGGAGCACAUGUGUAUGCUUGUCACUAAGGGGCUGGGAGAAGGACUACGGGAAGCGAGGUAGCUGGCCACGGACGCCAUAUGCUGACUGGAUUCCUGUUCAUGUCUGCUGUGUGAAGACUGGAGGUUUCUGCUGAGAGCUGGCCGGCCGGGGAACACGCCAUGGGAAGCUCACAUCUCCUCAACAAAGGCAUGCCUCUAGGCAUCAGGCCACCCAUUAUGAACGGGCCCAUGCACCCGCGCCCUCUUGUGGCGUUGCUGGACGGACGUGACUGCACGGUGGAGAUGCCCAUCCUGAAGGACGUAGCAACCGUAGCCUUCUGUGACGCUCAGUCCACACAGGAGAUCCACGAGAAGGUGCUGAAUGAAGCUGUAGGAGCUCUCAUGUACCACACCAUCACUCUGAUGAGGGAGGACCUGGAAAAGUUUAAAGCUCUGCGCAUCAUCGUCCGCAUCGGCAGCGGCUAUGACAACAUCGACAUCAAAUCUGCCGGGGAACUAGGCAUAGCUGUGUGUAAUAUGCCAGCGGCCUCGGUGGAGGAGACGGCGGACUCCACGCUGUGUCACAUCCUCACCUUGUACCGACGCACCACCUGGCUGCACCAGGCGCUCCGGGAGGGAACGCGGGUUCAGAGCGUGGAGCAGAUCAGAGAGGUGGCGUCGGGAGCCGCGAGGAUCAGAGGAGAGACACUGGGACUUAUAGGCCUCGGUCGAGUGGGCCAGGCUGUGGCCCUGAGAGCCAAGGCCUUCGGCUUCAAUGUGAUCUUCUAUGACCCUUAUUUGGCCGACGGUGUAGAAAGAUCCCUGGGACUACAAAGGGUCACCACACUACAGGACCUGCUCUUCCACUCCGACUGCGUCUCUCUGCACUGCAGCCUCAACGAACACAACCACCACCUGAUCAACGACUUCACCAUCAAACAGAUGCGUCAGGGUGCGUUCCUGGUGAACACGGCCAGGGGGGGUCUGGUGGAUGAGAAGGCCCUGGCUCAGGCCCUGAAGGAGGGGAGGAUACGUGGAGCUGCUCUGGACGUUCAUGAGACGGAGCCUUUCAGCUUCAGUCAGGGCCCGCUGAAGGACGCUCCCAACCUGAUCUGCACCCCACACGCUGCCUGGUACAGCGAACAGGCAUCGCUGGAGAUGAGAGAGGAGGCAGCCAGGGAGAUCCGAAGGGCUAUCACAGGUCGUAUCCCAGACAGUUUGAAGAACUGUGUCAAUAAGGAGUUCCUCUCCCAGAAUAAUCACUGGACAGGUGUCGACCCGGCUACCGUUCACCCCGAGCUCAACGGGGCUUAUAGGUAUCCCCCAGGAGUGGUGAACUUGCCAGCAGGCGGCCUUCCGCCACCCGUAGAAAGCAUCGUGCCGAGCGCCGUGCCCAUGUCACACACCCUCCCGCCCACUGCCACACACCCUCCUCACGCCCCGUCCCCCGGACAAAACACAGUCAAGCCACCAGAGGGUGACAGAGAGCAGCAUCCGAAUGACCAACUGUAGCCACAAACACACUCUCACACACACAUCCUGUGUUGUCUGGUGACCGGAGGAGGUUGGCACGGCAACCAGGAUCAUAGUGAGUGACAAGUUGGUAUCAGACAGGUUUACAGAGUGUCAGAUGGACAGGUUGAGGUCCCAGUAACAAUCCAUUCAAAACACUCUGGCAAAAUGUUUCCCCAGCAGCCGGUUCACACUCCAAAGAAGAGCAAGAAGAUGAGGAUGACUAUGAAGAGGAUGGUGAAGAGGAGUGGAUAGCUGUCAGCUGCUCUAACCAAAGAGCAAGACAGUUGUCCUCUGCUCCAAAACAGAAGUCCUCAGAAACACUGUAAAGAUCCACAGGAUGAUCUUCAGAUAACAACUACAGUAAUCGAGUUUCUGCCAGAGGUAAAAAAAAAAAAAAGAAAUAACAAUAUCUAUCUGUUAAUUUGGGAAGAAAAAAAAUCAUAAUCAAAUUCUGCUGUCUUAGACUGUAGUGUGUCCAAAGUUAGAUGGACAGGUUUCAUGUCUUUCUCUCUUCUUCUGUGUCAUUUCCUAAGUUUGAUGUACAGGCAAAAGUAGUAGGUUAUGAAAUGAAUGUAACCUGUCUGUGUACAGUUUCUAGACGUACAUACUGAUAUUUGUAUGCCAGUCUUAGCAAAAACAAGGGUUGAGAGAUAUCUCUAUGUAGCCAAACUGGUUGGAGAAUACAAUAUCUGUUUUUUUUUUGUUUUGUGUGUCCCCAAAUUAACAAGCCCCAAAACCCUUAUCCCCCCCCCUCCUCCUCUAGAAAAAAAAGAGGCAGCUUUUUGCACACCAUCUCAGGAAAUUAAGUUUCCGCGGUUGGUAUAUUAUUUUUUAAAUUUGUUUUAAAUAUACCUUUUUAUGCCACUUAGUGCUUUUGUUUUUCUACCUGCUUGCCUUUUUUCGUGUCCUGCUACAUUAGAAACAAAGCACUUUAACGAGAGCUAAAGUUGAUCUAAUGUUUGAUUUUGUUUGAUAUGUUUAAGGGGCAUGCCAUUUUUGCUCUUGGGACUUAUGUGUAAAUGUUUGACCCAUAUCGAGGGGGUUGUGGGAGGAAAAGGCUGUCGGGAGGUGGUGUAAUGGUAUGCUUGGCUGGGACGAAUUUUCAAAAUAGAUUGGUUUGGUUUUAUUACUUUGAAGGACAAGGUUAUGUACAAGGCAAUGCACUGAUAUUUUGUAGCAGGUCAUUAUUGUCGUCUUCAUGUCUAAACAUCCAGUACUUCCACUUUUACACACAUUAAUUGUCCAAAUCAUGGAACAUGAACAGCACAUCGAGGUUUACAAAUGAUGCACAACAUGUUGCAUCAUGCUAUGCUACGGAUCCGUCAAAUCAGUCGACAGAUGGGGGGAAAAACUGCAUCAAAAACUCUAUUAAUCAGUUAUUACAGUAGUUACCAUUUUUGGUUCCUAUUUGAAUUCAAACUCACUUGUACAGAUGUCUCAUCAUGGUUACCGACUGAUGAGGAGCAGUUAAACCACACCAAGUUAAACCAAAUUUUCAUAUUUUUGUUUCCGCUACCAACCUGACUUUAAAAAAUACUCUAUAGCCGGUUUGAAAACCCUUUCAACAAAGUAAAGACGUUUCAUGAUCGCAUGUGAGGACGUACCGUUUCCUUUUAGUCUAGUAUCCCUUUAACAUUUCAUGAUGGGUCCUUCCUGAGUAUACCGUUAAGCCACCCUCUGUGGCCUCUGUGUCUAUGUGUACAUAUGGUGUUCUGCCUGCCUGUGUCAAUGUGACUUGGUUGUAUCUGUGUCUGAAAAAAGCAGCGCUGGGAGAAGGGGAUGGUGUGUAACACUCUCCACAGGGCAUCAUUACAAAGACUGCCAUCAAAACACACAACUCAACACUAUGUCAAAACACCAAAAAAAAAAAAAAAAAGGUUAGAACUAGACUUCAAAUCUAAGACAGCAAACUGAACCAGUAGUCUCUGUGUUUACUGGUAACAUUCUCAACGUAUCAACAACAUGCCGUUACGUCAACACGAUCUGAAGCUGUUUUUCUAUCUGGUUUGACUGAUUACAGUUGUUAGCAGGCCAGCUAAGUGACGGUGCUUUUUGGAUCCCCUUCUACCAGCAGCUGAGUAGUAAAAACAGUCCACUGUUGCCUACCUGGUCUUCUUCAUGGUGAGGUAGUAACAGUAGCAAUCAGGGAUGGAAAUUUCACAACCCAUUGGUAAGUAUUUCUGUCUAUUAAAGAAGAUACUGAGGGGAAAUUUAAAUGUUACUGACAGACAAAAGCACCAAAAUGCUGGAAUAGUUAGAAUUUUACUCUCAAUAUUUCCUCACCAGAUUCCUGCCGUUAUGCAGGGGGGGGGGCUCUUUGCUGAUACUUCCUGAUAUAAACUGUAAGCAUUCCUCAUUCAAACUGAUGGGUGCAACAAGUAAAAAAAAAAACAGAAAAGCUUUUAAAGAGACAGUUAACCCUCAAAUCAAAAAUACAUGUUUUUCCUGUUACCUGUAGUGCUAUUUAUCAAUCUAGUUUGUUUUGGUGUUAGUGGCUUAGUUUUGGAAAUAUAGGCCAUAGACCUGUCUGCCUUCUUUGACUAUAAUGGGACUACAUGGCACAUGGAUUGUGGAGCUUAAAGCGCAGAAAAAAUACUCUUUCCAGAAAUUAUGACCUGGUUACUCAAGAUAAUCCACAGACCUAGUUGUGAGAAGUUUCAUGCAGGAGAACCUAAUUGAGCAAUCUAGAUGAAUAAAUAGCACUACAGGAGAGAAGUGAAAUAUGUAUUUUUUAUUUUGGGGUUACUGUCCCUUCAAAGUGUCGAGGUGCUCCUUGAAAUUCCAUCCCUGGUAGUAACACACAGUCCACUGUUGCCUACCUUGGUCCCCUUCAUGGUAAAGUAGUAGGCGUAGCAAUAUACAGUAUACAUAUUCUAUAUUCUACAGUAAAUAUCAUUAUUUUUGGUCAAUACUGACAACCUGACAAAGAUAUGUUUGUGACUGUAUGCAUUUGUAUGAAUUAUUUUAAAAGGAAAUAAACUGUGGA